AUGGCGAAGAAGAAGCUAAAGAACCGAUUCCGGAUAUGCGAACCUCGGAUCAAGAAAAAGAAGGCCACUAGCAGAGAGAGAGAAGAUGUACGGACAUCAAAAGAGAAGGGUGCAGCAAGACCGAACGACCUUAGAGAUAGGUCGGAACCAAGGACAUCUUCCAAAGCUGGGGAAGAUGGCAAAGACAAGAGAAACGACAUGAAUAAAACAAUGGAAGCAAGGCCAGUGCUGAAUUGCGGCCUGCAUGAUGAUCGGAUAGACCCUUUCAAGGCUUUACCCAUACCUGGAACUCCAAAGCUGGGUGCGCUGUUUCAAUUGUACAAGAGCGCACCCAAGAGCAAUGCCGUCGCCACCGAUGCCCAAAACACGUGGAAGUCAUUCAUCUCGAAUGAUGCUGGCUUGAUGCACGCAACUCUGGCAAGCUGGGCACUAUAUGGCAUGCUGGCCAAUGAUCUCACUGACUUGAGAGUUUGCAAACUAGAGCACAAGAAUGAAGCAAUCAAGGCCGUCAACUGCAAACUUGCGACGUCAGGAGGAUAUAUAUCUGAUGAGGUGGUGGGCACUGUGUUGACUUUGGCAAAUCUCGAGGUAUGA